AUGGAAGAUAAGGAGCCAGAAGACAUACUCCAAACUGAUCUCCAAUUUGAGAUCGAUCUUGAAUAUUUGUUAAAUAGAUUAGAUGCAUCUAAAUCAGACAUAUCCGCAGGGAUUGAUUGCAAUGUUAUAUGUGAAGAUAACUCAAAAAGACGAAAAAAGAAGACACGGAAGCUCAAAAGCAGGCAAAUGACGGAUCUCAUAGCAGAAGUUAUAGGGGAUUUGGAUGAUAUAUGCCUCUCUAGUGGUGAGGAUGAAUCUCUUGAAAGUGGUUACUCUACUUCAACUGGGAACAGUUCAAUGCUCGAUUCAAGUCAAGAACACAAGUCGUCGACAGAUAGCAUUGCACGGGAACAUAGAGAGAGUGCUACGAAGAAGAGCUCUAGGCUGAACAAAAGAUCAAAAACAAAAAAGGAAACAAAUAACUCAGAGGCAAGUACUCACGCUUAUGGAAAAGAGAAAGGUCAACAAAACACUGGGAGCGAUCCAGGCGUUACAAGUUCGCAUAACAUAGCUGAGAGAACAUCUAGUGAGGUUGCUAUAGCGAAGAGAAAGAAGCUGAACGUCAAACGGUUAGAGCGAAGACGGAAGGCUGCACAUUUGAAAAAGUCAAAUAGAAUAGAGGAGAGCAACAAUUCCCCAGGCAUUCACCCAGAAGUCAAGAGAGAAUUUAGUGAUUCAAGCAACUUGGAGCCAAAUAGUGAAACGGCAACUUUACUAAUUAAGAAAGGCUCGAAAGGAACCGUUUACAAGGGCAAGAAAUCCAGACAAGCUGAGAAACUGUAUAUGAAGAGACUUGAUGUCGACUCUCCGAAAGAGUAUUCUAAUGUCAUCAAGUAA